AUGCUUUUACUGAGGCUGACAAUGAUGAUGGACCCGCUUUGCUUUUUUCUCUCUCCUCCAUGAAUAGUGCUUUCCUUGUUUUCAUCUUGUAUUGUCGUCAAGACUCUGUUUUGAGGCUCAUACAGUCCCCCCCUCCCUUUGUCCUCUCCACGCCACCCGCCAGCGCCAUUCUCUCCUCCACCGACACUGUUGCCGCCAACUGGAUCCGUUACCGUCAUGAGUGUUUAUCACUGCCACAGUAGCAGAGGGGGAGCAAUGGCUGCCCUUUUUGUCCUGCUUUUACCCAUUUUCUUCCCCAGCCUCUUCACUUCGUUGAGCCAUGCUUCACCAUCUAUUCUCACGGAAUGGAAUGCUCCAAAAACUAGGCACUCACGCCUUUUCAAGAGUGCUUUGCAACGCCAAUCUACCCAUGAAGAGCAGUCUGAGUUAUGGAUGCCUUUGUCUAAUCAAGGAUGGAAUCCCUACACUGAAUCCGGUGUUGUCUCCACAUUACCUGGAAAGUCUGAGGGAUACAUUCAGGUGUUCCUUGAUGGAGGAUUGAAUCAACAGAGAAUGGGGAUUUGUGAUGCAGUUGCUAUUGCAAAAAUUCUUAAUGCCACUCUUGUGAUUCCUUAUUUGGAGGUAAAUCCUGUUUGGCAAGAUUCAAGCUCUUUCAUGGAUAUCUUCGAUGUGGAUCACUUCAUCCAUGUUUUGAAAGAUGAUAUAUCUAUAGUAAAGGAGCUGCCCGAUGAAUUCUCUUGGAGCACAAGGGACUAUUAUGCCUCAGCUAUUCGACCUACCAGAAUCAAGACAGCGCCAGUUCAUGCUUCUGCAAAUUGGUAUUCAGAGAAUGUGUUGCCAGUCCUUAAGAGUUAUGGGAUCGCUGCCAUUUCACCAUUUUCCCACCGCUUGGCAUUUGACAACAUGCCCCAGGAAAUCCAACGUCUACGCUGUAAAGUUAACUUUCAAGCACUAGCUUUUGUGCCUCACAUUACAGCUCUUGGAGAUGCUCUUGUUCAUCGCCUGAGAUAUCCUCCUAGUAAUGUUGAUGAGCUUGGUGCUAACUACCUUGGAGAGAAGGAUAAAGAGAACAAAGGAGCGGGGAAGUUUGUAGCCAUUCACCUACGCUUUGAUAAGGACAUGGCUGCUCAUUCAGCUUGUGAUUUUGGUGGAGGUAAGGCUGAGAAGUUAUCUCUAGCUAAGUAUCGGCAGAGGAUUUGGCAGGGAAGGGUCCUAAACUCUCAAUUUACUGAUGAGGAGUUGAGGAGUCAGGGCCGCUGUCCAUUGACCCCAGAAGAAGUUGGAUUGUUGCUAGCUGCUUUGGGAUUUGACAACAAUACUCGAUUAUAUCUUGCCUCCCAUAAGGUUUAUGGUGGGGAAGCCAGGAUUUCACCAUUAAGAAGUUUGUUUCCAUUGAUGGAGGACAAGAAGAGCCUUGCCACUUCGGAGGAAAGAGCCCUUAUAAAAGGAAAGGCUUCCUUGCUUGCUGCAGUAGAUUACUAUGUUGGCAUGCAUAGUGAUAUUUUCAUUUCGGCAUCACCCGGAAAUAUGCAUAAUGCAAUGGCGGGACAUAGAACUUACUAUAAUUCAAAGACGAUAAGGCCCAACAUGCAACUGCUAGGUCAGCUUUUCCUAAACAAAAACCUGGGCUGGCCGGAGUUCAAAGAGGCGGUGGUUGAAGGGCAUACAAACCGACAAGGGCAGAUCAGACUUCGCAAACCAGGUCAAUCUCUAUAUACGUACCCUGCUCCCAAUUGCAUGUGCGAGGCUUGAAGUUACUUUCACCAAUGGAUGUGUGGUUUUGGCCGUAUAGAUGUUCUAUUAUUUAUUACUCCUUGUUAUUCGUGGCCGAAGCAUUUUAUUUUUGCCGUGUAAUAGUCAGAGAAUAAAACACCACUCUUAAUUCAUUUAUAUAGAAAACAUUCAUCUGUUACUAUAA